AUGACUGAGCCGGAGGGUGUUGAAGAAGAUCUCUUCGCCGACCUGUAUGAUGCCGAUGAGCCUACAGCUCAGAACAUAACUUCGGCGGCCCCAGCACCAGUACCAGAGCCUUCAACACAACCGGCAAUUGUAACAAAUGCUGCCCAACCAGAGAAUGUUGCAAAUUCUUCCUCAAAUAUACAAACGUUUAAUGCAUAUUCUGCAGAUGCGGCGUCAUAUGAGCCUCAUAUGAAUCUCGGUGAGCAAAAUGGCAUUUCGCAAUUUGGAGUGGCCAUGCAAGACGGUGACGCAAGUACAACAAUUGUGCAGCCGGAAACACAAGGUACUGGCAUUAAGGAAGAUGGCAAAAUGUUCAUUGGAGGUCUUAAUUGGGAGACCACUGACCAAUCCCUUAAGGACUACUUUUCACAGUUUGGUGAGGUUCAGGAAUGCACAGUUAUGCGAGACGGAGCCACUGGCCGUUCAAGGGGCUUCGGAUUUCUCACAUUUAAAGACCCAAAAACCGUCAACACGGUCAUGGUAAAAGAGCAUUACCUAGAUGGUAAAAUAAUUGACCCAAAGAGAGCCAUCCCGCGAGACGAACAAGAACGUACUAGUAAAAUAUUCGUGGGGGGUGUUAGCCAGGAGGCAACGGAGCAGGACUUCAAGCAGUUCUUUAUGCAAUUUGGGCGAGUCGUAGAUGCUACGCUCAUGAUCGAUAAGGAUACUGGUCGCCCGCGUGGUUUUGGAUUCGUAACCUUCGAUAGUGAAGCUGCAGUCGACGGCUGCCUUUCGCAACCUUUGGAGAUUCUUGGAAAAUCAAUUGAAGUAAAGAAAGCACAGCCAAGGGGCAACCUCAGGGACGAAGAAGAUCGCAGGGCCCGAGGUAGAGGAUUCGAUCGGUUCAAGGACGAAAAGCCAGGCGGGACAGACGGAGCGCAGCCAGCUUCGCAAGGCCAAGCAAACCUUGCGAACACCAUGACACCUCAAAUGAUGGCUCAGUACUGGCAGCGUAUGCAGCAGUAUUUCGCAAUGAUGCAGCAACAGAUGGCGCUUGCCACUCAAAACCAAGGGAUGCCGGCUGCUGGUGCUAUGGGCGGAAUGAAUCCCGCCAUGAUACAACAGAUGCAACAAUUAAAACAAAUGCAGCAAAUGAAUGCUAUGACUGGUGGCCAGCCGGCUGGAAAUAUGAGCCCUUCCAACCAAGCCGCGAUGCCGCAGGGGAUGAUGAACCCAAUGAUAAUGCAACAGAUUCAGCAGGCACAGCAGGCACAGCAGGCACAACAAAUGCAGCAGCUACAGCAAAUGCAACAAAUGCAAAAUCAGCAAUCCCAGAGUGCUUCCGGAUACGGCGGACCGGUCAUGGGGGGUCAGAUGGGUGCCGGAAAGCCGGGCAACAUGAAUCAAGGCAUGACAGGUGGACCAAAUGGAAUGGGGGGCGGCAAUUUUGGCGGUAUAAGAACGGGACCAGGAUACAAUGCUCAGGAGCAACUCGCAUUCGAACAGCAGAAGUAUGAGCAGCAACAGGCCCGUCGAGCUGCCGACCCGCGUAACUUUGGUGGCUUCCAGCAAGGCACCCCAGGCAAUUGGGAUAACGGGUUUGAGGAACAAGUGAACAUCCCGACCGGACCCCAAGCAAGUAUGUCUCGAGGCGGUUCUGUUAGCCGGGGUGGAAUGUCGCCGAGCCCAAGUGUUGCAAACAAGGCCGUGCAGAAAAUCCCAACUCCCCAACCACAAAGCGCGCCUCCUGCCAACGCGCCUACAGGGCCGCGCAAUGCAGGGAAGCCGGGAGCAAAUUAUCGUGGUGGAGCAAGAGGAGGGCACCGAGGUUUCCAUCCAUACGCCCGGGGGUAA